AUGACAGCGCCAUUGUGGCAAGAUAAGAAUGAAAAAAACCACACUGUUAGAGGAGCGUUAUCAACGGAUAUGACCAGUAACAUUUUGACUAGCACUAAUCCAAGUUCAAACGAAGGAAACUCCAGAAGUUCUUCCGUAGUCAACGUACGGUCCGAAGCAGUAGUUGAUACGCCUGUUCAUGGCAGCAGCACUAGGAAGAGGCUUGCAUGCACCAAUUGUAGAAAUAGAAGGAAAAAAUGUGACUUGGGUUUUCCCUGUGGAAACUGUUCUAGAUUGGAGUUGGUCUGUAAUGUUAAUGAUGAAGAUCUAAGAAAGAAACGUUAUACCAAUAAAUACGUUAAAUCUUUAGAGAGCCAUAUUGCUCAGUUAGAGACCAAUUUAAAAAAUCUCGUUCAAAAGAUCUACCCCGAUGAUGACCAAAUGCUGAACCGAAUGAUGGUUGGAGACGUAAUGUCAGCUUUUCCCAAUAGUUCUCAAAUCCCAAUUGACUAUACUGAUCAAACUCCCCCACUUCCAAUUCCUGCGACUAGAGGUACAUUCAUCAUUGGCAAUGAUAAGGUUAAUCAAACACUGUCGUCCUUUGGCAAACAGACAGCAACAUCUACUUUAACCUCGGGAUUUCUCAACUCCCAAAAGCAGGAGCUUACUGAAUCUCUUGAUGACCGAUUACUUUUACCAAGAUCAUUAACACCACAAGGCGAAAAAAAGAAGAAGCCAUUAGUGAAAGGGAGUCUCUAUCCUGAAGGGCCAGUGAGUUAUAAACGGAGACAAUCGACAAAGUCAGACAUUUUGUUAUCGGCGUCUUUAUUAGAAACAUCUGCAGACUCAACCGUCUUUUCUGAUGGAAUAAAAGCGAAUAAUUCCACAUCGGCGAAUCGCGAAUUCAAAAAGCGUAUAUCUGACUUGAAGACAACUGUAAUUGUGAGAGGAUUGAAUGAUGAUAAUCCUAACUCUCUCAAUAACGAUCCCAGGAUUUUAAAAUCUCUUUCCAAUUUUUAUAAAUGGUUAUAUCCCGGUUAUUUUAUUUUCGUUCACAGGGAAAGUUUUCUUUAUGGAUUUUUCAACCACUCCAAAAACAAUUAUGAAGAUUCUAAUUAUUGUUCUGUAGAAUUGAUUUACGCUAUGUGCGCAGUUGGUUCCAGGCUUACACCGGAUCUACAUGAAUAUUCGGAAAUAUUCUAUCAACAAAGUAAGAAAACUCUAUUACAGCUCGUCUUUGAUGAACAAAGCACAGCCCGUAUUACUACAGUACAAGCGUUAUUCUGUUUGGCUUUUUACGAGUUGGGGAAGGGGAAUAACCAAUUAGGUUGGUAUUUUUCUGGUCUGGCUAUCAGGGUGGGCUAUGAUAUGGGGUUCCAACUAGACCCUAAAGUCUGGUACGUUGAUGAUAACAAUUUUCAGUUGACACAGAGUGAAUUAGAAAUAAGAUCAAGAAUCUACUGGGGUUGCUAUAUAGCGGAUCACUUUAUCUGCUUGAUGUUAGGUAGGACUUCCACGUUAAGUGUCAGUAACUCCACCAUGCCAGAAUCAGAUGAAUUACCAGAAGUGAACGGUACAGAAGAGUUCAGAUUUAUUGGAAGGCACGUUUUACAGAUAUCGUUGCCGUUGAAAAACUUGAUAAUUCUAUCAAGGCUAGUGCAAAUAUUUACCUCCAAAAUAUUCAUCGAAUCGGAAGACAUAGCGCAGAAGCUAAAUUAUUUGAACACUUUCAAUUCUCAGGUGUAUAAUUGGAGGCAAUCUCUACCGGAAUUUUUACAAUGGUCUAAGGCCCUCAUUGAAAAUGAUGAUGUUUCCACAGAUCCCACUAUAUCGUACUUCUGGUACUGCUACUAUAUAGUACGACUUACCUUCAAUAAGCCAUUUAUAGAAGACUCCCGAGAGUCGGAAACAGUGGUUAUUGAGAUUAUUGAUGACUUAAAAACUUUACUAGACAAUUUUGGCAAAAAAUUCGGAAACUAUACCAAGGGAAACCUUUAUCAACUUUAUGCGUGCCUAUUGGCCAUCAACUGCUUGAAGAAGCUAAAAGAGACACGUUCCAGUGAGCAAGACUCGUGGAACGCACAAUUAGACUUUUUCAAUCGUAUUUUCUAUGCACGACUAUACCCGGCAUACGAUCUGCCGAAAAAACUACAAGAAGACACUGAACUGGAAACAGAACAAGAAAAUCAGACAUUGAAUCAAGUUGGCAAUAUAAACUACACACACGACUUCUCACUCUCUCAUGAGAUCGACGAUCUUAUCAGAGAGCUCUUUGGGGUGGGCACACCUCAAAAACUUUGA